AUGUCCCACACCUGCUGCUCCAAGGGCUGCCAGUCAGCCUGCUGCCCACCCUUGUGCUGCGUCCCCACCACCUGCUGCUCACCCUUGGGCAGUGGGAGCUCCUGCUGCCGCCCAGUGUCAUUGGUGACGCUGUGCCGGCCUGUGUGCGGUGUGGCCAGCUCCUGCCGGUCACCCUGUGGGGCUGCCAGCAGCUGCUCCAGUGGCUACCAGUCCCUGUGCUGCCCUGUGGCCUGUGGCCAGGCCUCCUCCUGCAGCUCAGCCUGCUGUGUGCCCAGCCCCUGCCAGGUGACCUGCUGUGUUCCUGGGAGCUGUAAGCCCGCUGUGUGUGUGCCCGUGAGCUGCAAGCCCGCCGUAUGUGUGCCUGUGAGCUGCAAGCCUGUGUGUGUGGCCCCCUUGUGCCAGUCUUCUUGCUGCUUCCAGCCCUCCUGCCCCACCCUUGUCUGCAGACCUGUCACCUGUGACAACCCUUCUUGCUGCUGAACACAUGUCUCCAAACCAGCUACUUCCUGUGCAAAUGGGCCCAUACCUGUACCCCUCUUAGAACAAAUCCUUGCUGA